UUAAAACAGGUCAAGCUGGCUUGUAGCCUAGAGUGGCAGUGCUCAAUUCUCUCGCCUCUACAAAACACGAAUACCCUAAUUGAUUCAUUCUAUAACUGGGUAGGGCAUUCAUAUGAUUUGGGGAAAAUGGGUGGCAAUCCAGAGGAAGCUGACAUAGGAAAAGAGACUGUAACUGUUGCAUUUGAAGAAUCAGAAGAACAAAAAGUGGUUUUGCAGCCUGAAACUGAGUUUAAGGGAAUGGAGCAGGUUCCUUUGUUUGGUGGAGAUGGGGAGGAGGAUGUGCAAGUUAAUAUAACUGGGAGUGUGUGCUUAGGUUCUGGUGGCAAGUUGGUGGGAGAAGGUGCUUGUCAGGGUCUCAUUGACAACACUGAGUGUUCCAGUUCUAGUUCUUUUUCUGAUACAGGUUCUGGCGUAGAGACUGACUCAGGCUCGGCAUUCACCGAUUCUGAAGGUGAAUCGCCGGUGCGUGAUGAUUGGAGUGAGCCACUUCUGUUCAGAAAGAAAAAGCUGACUGAUCAUUGGAGGAAGUUCAUUCGUCCUCUUAUGUGGCGCUGUAAGUGGAUAGAAUUGCAUGUGAAGAAACUCAACUCUCAAGCAUUGAAAUAUGAAAAAGAGCUUGCGGAAUAUGAUUAUAGAAAGCAGCUUGAGUUCUUAAAAUUCUCAAUAGAUGACUUUGGCGUCAAGUCGGUACCGGUGUCUGAUAGCAUUUACAGGAAUAGAGUUAUGAAGAGAAAGAAAAGGAAGAGAGCUGAAGAAUGUGAUUUGUCAUCAUAUGUGUCUAACCACAAUAUAUUCUCUUACUAUGAGAACAAAAACUGUAGGCAUGAUGCUGGUUUGGAAGAUUUUCAUAGUGAUGCAGUUGCUAUACCUAUGAGUAAUGUCGAUAAUAUUGAAGAGCUCAAGUUGAACGAUAUGUUGUCUUCUCUACAUCGUGAAGAUAAUGAUAAAUCCUUCAAUGACAUCCUUCAAAAGAUUGAAAAACUCCAGUCACAAGUUGGGAAUUUGAAAACUCGGAUUGAUAAUGUGAUUAGUGAGAAUCCAGGAAAUUUCUGCUAUGUAUCUCAAUUGAGCAUGAUUGAGCCAUCUGAUGGAUUUAAUCAUUCUGGUCAUGGUUCUGCUUCUUUGGCUGGGAAUGAAAACCAACUUCCAGUUAGCUUUAUUCAUGCUUCAUCUCAGCAUAAAUCUGAGUUAUACGUGGAAGAUCAAUUAUUGGCCAAAAAUACAUUAUCAACUCUUGAAGCCAACACUAAUAGGCCUCAGCUUGUAGUUCUGCAUGAAAAUAUUAAGGAAGAAGUUCUCAUAGAAAAUGAGGCAAUUAAGGAAGAGUGGCAUGAUUUUGAGAAUGUUAACAGUCAGUUUUUGGAGAAAACCGAGGGAUUAGUUGAAGAGCAGAAAUCCAUUACCCCAUCAGAAUCUGACUUAAUCAUUGACAAUAAUGUACGUAAGGUGCGUUCUACUUUAAGAGCAUGUUCUUCAUUGAGGUCAAGAAAGCCUAGCUUCACAAGGACGGGAAGGAAGAUAUCUGGCCACAAGAGUUGGAGUAGGAGAUAACCUGGUUUAAGUUAAAUAUGGCUACCAUGAUGAUUUCUUGAUAACUGGAGAAGCUGAGAAUUCUUCAUAAUUUUUUUUUUGCAUCAAGGAAUGAGUCAAUGAUACAUUUUGUAAUUAUGGUUGGCAUGCUCUAUCUUCAGAGGAAGUUUUUUUAUUUUUUCGAGUACUCUUAUCCGAGGGAACUUUCUUUGCGAUGUACUUGGAAUUAUUACAUCAGUAAUUGAAUGAAUAUUUUUUUCCCUCCAUUUA